GGUAGUUUGUGUCGGUAGAAGAAGAGGAGUCUGGAGGUCUGAGUGCGGGUCUGAUGGAGCUGCUCAGAUUCUGGUUUUAAUUAAAUAAUUCGGUGAUCUCAGAGAACUUUGAGCGGAGAGCCAGACCCGGUCCGCCGGAUAAACUCUGGAUCGGUCCGCCGGUGACCGCGGGAGGACAUGUACCGGGGACGGCCUCCGCCGAGAGGAGGCUACCCGCCGCCGGCUUUCGAAGGCCGAGGGCCGAGGCCUUACCCGGCACCCGUCUACCGGGACGACCGGAGCCGGCCCAGGCCUCCCUACCACCCCGGAUACCACGACCACGGACACCCGGAAUCCUACCGCCGGUCCCCGCCGCGCAGGAGGUACCCGUCUCCCGGGGCGGGGAGCCACCGAGGCGGGGAGUACUGGGCCGGGGGUCCGCCGAGAGAGAGGUCUCCGUCACCUCGUGGUCCCCAUGAUCACAACCUGGUCAUCACCGUUGGCAACGAGCUGAUUGGACCGUCUGGCUCCGCCCCCUCACGACAUCAUGACAGGGACUACCCUCCUCGACCCGAGUAUGAGCGGGGCCGGAGCCGGCCUCGCAGCCGCAGCCUGGACCGGAGCCAGGCCAAGAACCGGGGCUGGAGCAGGAGCCACAGUCCAGACCGGAGCCGGGUCAAGAGCCAGGCACGGAGCAAGAGUCGGGCGAGGAGCAAGAGCCGGCCCCGCAGCCAGAGCCGCAGUCCAGGCCGGAGCCGAGCCAAGAGCCGGGGCCGGAGCAGGAGCAAGAGUCGCAGUCCAGACCGGAGUAGGGCCAAGAGCCGGGGUCGGAGCAGGAGCCGCACUCCGGACCGAAGCCGAGCCAAGAGCCGGGGUCAGAGCAGGAGCAAGAGUCGCACUCCGGAUCGAAGCCGGGCCAAGAGCCGGGGCCGGAGCAAGAGCCGCCUCCACAGCAGGUCUAGAUCCAGGUCCAGGUCCAGAGGGCGGAGCUACGGGCGCAGUAAGAGCCAUCAGAGGAGCCACAGUCGCAGUGUGAGCAGCAGCAGCUCGAGCUCGAGCAGCGGAAGCGACAGCGAUGAGAAGUCCAGAAAAGAGUUCAAAGAGCUGGAGACGGCCCGGCGCAGGAAGGAGCUUGAGGAGAUGCUGAGUCUGCCGACUAAAUCAAUCCUAAAGAAACGCACCGAUUCCGAGGACUCGCCGUCACUCAUGACCUCCGACUCUCCCAGAGGUCACGACGGCGCCAAUAUGUCACGGGUGGCCGACCAGCUGCUGCAGGCGGUCAGGGGUAUGGAGCCUCACACGGUGGCCUCCAUGCUGUCGGAGCUAAGGUCUGACCCGCAAAUGGCUCACCGCGCUGGUCUCGAUGCCGAAAUCAAAGAGAUCCUCCACCUGCUGGGGGAGCCGGCAGGGGCCAACGCCCAGGAGAAGGCCGUGGAUGACAUCGAUGAUGAGGAGAGGUUCCUCUAUGGAGACUCGGAGGAGGCCAAACCUCCUCCAGAGUCCGAGCCAAUCCAGCACCAUGCACUGGAUCUGUACGGGGACGUGACGGAGGAGGCCUUGUACGGAGACUACCCCCCACAGAAACCCGUCAUCACUCAGAUGUAUGGCCUCCCGCCAGGGGCCUUGCAGCACCUACAGGCCCCACCCUCCAUUGCUGAGAUGGACAUGAGGUACGCGAGCCGGGCCUCCAUCAGCCCUGACCGGAACAUCACAGUGCAGGUGUCGAACCCUGCCAUCCCUCCAGGGACGGAGCCACUGGAGGAGGGUGAGCGUCAAGCUCUGGAGGAGUACGAGAAGAUCCAGGACCUGCUGAAGACCAUCGGCCUAGACCUGGGCGUGUCGGAGAUCAGCAAGAUGGCCGCCAGGACCAAAGAGCGUCUCCAUGGAAACAAGCCACCUCCAAAGACACCCACACGUCGCAGGCGGUAUUCCUCGGGCAGCUCAGAUGGCAGCCGGAGCCACAAGAGGCGGACCCACAGCUCCAGCAGUAGCAGCAGCAGCAGUCGCAGUCGCAGCCGUGGCCGGGGGGGCAGCUGGAGCAGCAACGACGGCCGCAGGAAGAGCUCGGCGCCACCCAGAUCUCACAGAGACUCCAAGGAGACCAACGCUGUGCCGAAAGCACCGCUGCCACAAAAAGAGCCACCGUCACAAACCGCCAAUCCCAAAAUCCUGCCCCCUCAACCCGGGGUGCCCAUACCCGCCUCCCCCCCCUCGCAGGUCCACGGCAUGUUGCCCGUCGCAUUAAUGGUCCCGCCGGGUUACGGCCAUUACGGAAACUACCUUCCCUACAUGCACCAGCAGUGGCCGCCCAUGUACCACCCCCCGCCCCCCAACAUGGCCCCUCCCCCUCACACACCAGCCCCGACGAGUUCCCGCCCCACUCUGCCCUACAAGCACCCUUCAAAAAAACCGGGCCCUGAGCCAGGGGUCAAAGGUCGGUCAAGGGGACGAGUCAGCGGCCACGAGAAGAGAGUGUCGGAGGAGCAGAACAACGAGAGCCAGAAACAAAAGGUUCUGGAGGAGAGAGAGAAGCUGAAGCAGGAGCGAGAGAUCAGGAUGAAGAAGAAAGAAUAUCUGAUGAAGGAGCUGGAGAGGCUCAGGAAGCAACAAGGCGAGCUCCUGAGGAAGAAGCGGCGGGAAAAGGGCGGCCACAAAGACCCUCUGCUGCAGGAGAUCAGCCACCUGCAGGAGGAGGUCAUGGCUCAGAUCUCCAACCUGCGCAAAGAGCACGAAGCCGCAGAGAGGAAACGCAACGAGAUCGAGAAGGUCGCGCUCAUCCUCGGCCUGAUGCCGUCUGACAGGCCCCGCAGGAGCGUCAAACCGGCCGAUGGCCAGGAGGACGAACCGCCGCCACCCCCGCCGCCACCAGAGAAGAAGAACCGUGAGGCGGAGUGGAGUCCUGAUGGACGGCAGGCGGCCAGCAGCUCCACAAUAAAGCCGCCUAUAGUCAUUGUCGCCGCCCCGGCUCUUCCUCCGACCCCACCCCCGCCUCCAACCCCGCCCCCAGAGCCGUUUGAAUACUAUGACGCCGGAAACCACUGGUGCAAAAACUGUAACGUCACCUCUGGUUCCAUGUUUGAUUUUUUCACGCACUUGCACAGCAAGACGCACCGAAAGACUCUGGACCCGUACGACCGGCCCUGGGCCUCCACUCCCACCAAAAUCAGCAAGAAUCUGUCGUCAGAAGAGAAGCUGACGAAACCAGCCAAAGGUUCAGAGUUCUUGCUGCCUGUCAGAGGACUCUUCUGCCUGCUGUGUAAAGAGUUUUAUGGAGACGCCAUCUGUGCAGAAGAGCACGUCACCACACACGCUCACAACGAGAAGUACAAGAAACAAAUGUACGAGAAUCCUUUGUAUGAACAGAAGAGGAAUCUGGACCGCCAGGCUGGACUGGCCUCCGAGAACAGCGGGAAGAAACGCAAACAUGAAGACGAAGAGAAAGGGAACAAGGACAAGGAGGAAAAGUCCAAACACAAAAAGGAGAAAAAGGACAAGGAGAAGAAGAAGGAAGAGGACUUUACUGUUCAGAAGGAGGCGAAAUUUAAAAAGGAGGAAGACGAAGAGGAGAGGCUGAAAACGAGCAAGAAAGAGGAGGAUUUUAAGAAUACCAAAAGCCUGGAAGAGGAGAGGCCUUCUUACAGCAAGAAAGAGGAGGAUGAAAAAUUUAAAUACAGUAAGAAGGAUGAUAAAUACCGCUACAGCAGAGAGGAAGAGGAGCGUGGUAAAUACAGCAGGAGAGAAGAGGACGACCGAUACAAAUACAGCAAAGAAGAAGAAUACCAGUACCGGUAUCGCAGGGAUGAUGAUGAUGACCGUCCCAAAUAUGGUCCAAAAGAAGAGUAUAAAUACGAUAAAUAUUCAGACUAUAGAUCCAAAUAUGACAAAGAGCGAGAUGAAGGAAAACUUAAGGCUGAGAAAGAAGCUUUGAAAAAGCCUGCUCCAGCAAAACCAGCAGGGAAGCCGGAGGUCAGCAAGCCCGAACCUCAGCCAAAGCCGUACGAACUGCCCAAAAUCAUGUGUGGUCCUAGUCCGGCCAUGAGAGCAAAGCUCCGCAAACAGAACCUGGAAACCGGUAAAUCAGCAUCUGCCACAAUAACCCCUUCAUUUGGAAAGUUCACAUGGAAAAAGAGGGAGAAUGUUCUCGCAAAGGAGGCAGAAAAAGUUGCCGCAGAGUUCAUCAAAGAUGAUGAAGCGGCUGCAAAUCAAGGCCAGACGUCUGUGGAGGAUUCCUUUGCUAAAUCCAUGGCUGCUGCUAAAGAGAUCGCCCAAAAGCUGGGGGGCCAACAGGGCGGGCCUUCUCCCUGGGUGUCCAAUGGCGCCAACCGGGGAAGGAUCCGGCCCAACCUCCCUGCCCCCGCAGGGAGGGGAAACAGGAGAGCAGCUAUGACGGGUAGACCUGCACCUCUGAAUACCUUCCUCUCCAUGCGAUCGCAAACUCCUGGUUUAAUGGGACCAUUUCCAAUAGAAGUACCAUCAUUCUCUGAUAGCCUCACAAGGGCUCUGAAUCCUCAGCCACCAAGUGGUGCACCUGGGACAGUCGGGUGUACGCUCACAUCAGCCCCUGCACCGGUACCUGAACCGAUGCCCACAUCAGCAUCUGCACCGGUGCCCACAUCAUCACCCGCACCAGCACCUGCUCCGGUGCCUGCAUCAACACCUGCACCUGUACCUGCAUCGUCGAUGUCAAGACCUCCACCAUUUGAUCCUAAACAUCCACCGCCGAUGUUAAGACCACAACCAUGUGAUCCUAAAAAUCUACCACCGAUGUUCAGACCUCCACCAUUUGAUCCUAAACAUCCACCGCCGAUGUUCAGGCCUCCGCCAUUCGAGGCUAAAUCUGCACCACUAGUUUCUAAACCUGCCCCAGUGGAGGCAAAGCCUGCACCACCUGCAGCUACCUCUGCACUGUCUAAAAGUACCCUUGCUCCAUCUGUUGGUAAACCAGCACAACCAACAAUGAUAAAGAUUGUGUCUGACGUGGCAGCUCCUGGCGUUCCAGAGAGCGAGCAAACUCGUACGGUGUUUGUCAAGCCUCCACCUCUCACGACCAUGGCUGACGGAGCUCAGAAGUCUGACAAACACAAGAGUAAUCUGGCUGCAGCCAAAGCCCAGGACUUAUUCGACAUCUUCUACAGCAGUGUUGGCCAAACGGGCCCCUCCUCCAUCACCAAACCAGCAGCAGAUGUCAGAGCUGACGAGAGCAGCACCAGUAAAAUUCAGCUCCCUACCCCACAAGCAUCAGAACCAACACCUCAGGGUCAGCCAGUGACCCAGUCCCAACCGCCCUCUGAGGUCUGUAAAUCUCCGCUACCAGCCUCACGAAGUUCCCAAACCCAACCAGAGUCACCACGUCUCCAAAUCAGACAAGAGUCACUAAUUCCCCAAACCCAACCAGAGUCACCAACUCCUCAAACACAACCAGAGUCACCAAGUCCCCAAACCCAGCCAGAAUCAGACAUUCAAAUUGCAUCAGUUUGGUCCUUGCAGUCCACCCAAGAUCCAACAGCUAAGGUGGCUCCAUCUGGAACACAAAGAAACCAAUCAAAACUGAGUCCACCAGCCCAUUUUGAGGCUCAGAGUGUACCCAAAAACCAGUCCUCAUCUCCUAAAUCUGACUCCCAAAACACCCAACAAACCAAGCCUGCUGAGCUGGACCCAACCCCUCAACCUCAGUCCCAGCCCAAAGAGCACCAACCAGACCAGAAUACCCAUCCUGACAGAGCUCCAGAACCUGAGCUCAAGCCAAUCCCCAAAACUAGGAGCAAGAGAACUCCUCCUGCCCCCCGCCCUGUCCGACAAACCAGAUCUCAAACCAGAUACCAAACACGGCGGCAGCAGCAGAGCCAGUCUGAGCCAGAGCUCGAGAUGCCAUCAGGGGACUCUGAUUUGGUAGAUUCAUACUCAAAGGGUCUGGAUACGUCAGAUCCUGGCUCUGGGUUGGAGGCAGAGGAGGGGGCACCCACAGAGGAUGACCCUGGGAAAAUGGAGAUCACCCCAGAAACCCUGGGCCUCCCCUCAGAUAUAACCUCCCUGAACUUUGAUUACAAUUUUAACUUUGAGUAGGAGCUGCCCAGACAGGGUGUGUCUGUAAAAUCUCUCCAGGAAGUCUUUGGUCAGUAAGCUUUUGGACUUAAAGGCAGCUGGAUGUCACGUGGCAAGAAAGACAAUGACAAUGACACUGACCUUCAUCUGUUUCAAGAACCAAUUUCGACAUUUAGGGAAACCCUCUUGUAGUCCGCCCUCUUCAGAGUCAGAUGUUGGAUAUCAGUUUGAAUCCAGUACAGAUGUGGUGAGUCCUUGGAUGGCGAAGGGAUGACAUGUUCUACUCUCCAUCUGAUUGGCUCGUACUCGUUGCCUUCGUGGGUCGGAUUGGUUACGAUUUGGCACGAGGAGUGGGAUUCGUGAGGGUAAGACUGGCAGGUCAUUCCUUCGUUGUCCUAGGAUUUGCAAAAUUUGGGUCCAGGAUGUCUCUGCACCUGCAACAAAAUUUCCCCAAAACAAUCAAUGUGAAAAUAAUUGCUUCAAAGUAUUUCCUUUGUGUUCAGAGUUACUUUACAAGGUCAGAAGGUAUGAAUCUGUUCUUCAUGGUUAUCGGACACAAUCUACGGUCCCACAGAAGGUGGAGACAUUUUUAAGGGGUUGUGAGAAAAUCAUCAGGACAAGAAAUAUGAAAUAUUGGACUUUAUUCUUGUGAAUUACUGGAUAAUAUUUCUUCUUUAGGCGUCUAAAAUUACACAAAUAAUCACUUAUUGUUUGCGACCCACAGAAAUGUGUCUUAUUUUAAGGGUUUAAGAGAAAAUGUUUUGGAAAUCUUUAUGAAAAAUUAAGAAAUCACAAACUCAUCAAACUAAUACCCGUCUUUUCAGCCGACUGUGAAAUAAAUGUGACACUGUUUUCUUUGAGGGUCACAGAUUUCUCUUUGUCCACAGGUUUAAAUGUGUCGUCCUGCAGGUGAGGAGCUGAACGCAAUACCUGUUGUUUUUCUUGUUUUAUACUUUAACUUAAUUUCUGUUGAAACGGCGACGAGUGACAAAAAAGAGUCGGACCAAAAGCAGCUCGGUUCAUUCUGCCGUUGAGCUGAAUCCGGGUUCGUGUUUGACGUACUGAUCUGAGGUCAGUGCUCGUGUGUCAGAAAACAAACACUCGCCUUGUAAAAUCUGUUGCUUCAAGUAGUUUUAAUAAAAGUUAGUGAAGAAUCGA